AUUUCUCGCUAAUGUAUAGAUAGCGUGUAUGCCUUUCAGUCUCUGUAUGUGUCACUUGCACACUUGCGCGUUUUUGUUGUAGGUUAUAUCAUGCGAUCCCUUUCGAUGGUUUUGCUGUGUCCUUUGAGAAAUUUUCGGAGGAAUAUAAGACAAAUCAUCUCGUAAAAUUAAGAAAAUAUUGAAAAUUACGCGAAGUAGUACGAGUUAAUGCGUUUUGUUGUUAUUUAUAUAGUUAUAUAUAUUGAUUAAAGUCUAUCUCAAUGAGUACAUGAAGCCAUUUAAUUUUCCUGGGAUGCCUACAGUUGGCCAAAUUUAAAAAUUUUACAUAAUUACAUUAAGUAGGACUGUAGGAGAAGUGAUGUGGUUAUGUGAUUUUUCAAACUUCAAAGCUUUGCUUUUUCCCUAAAUUGUUUCUCUUACCGUGAAAUAGGUUGAAUUCAAUAAUUAAUAUUCAGUCUAGCAAUAGUUUUUGGAGGCUAUGGAUUCUAUAUUAGCAAUAAUUUGUUUCGUGAAUUUGCAGUAUUUGACUUACAAUCAUGCAUGAAGGCAUGGUUACCUGGUUAGGUAUAUCCGUAUAUCCACCUGUAUGGAAGUGUAAGAUUUUUGUUAACCAUGGUGUAGUUGCUUAGGGAUAUAUGAUCCUGAAGAAAUUUCAUAUUCGGAAUUUGAAGAGGAGAUUGUGUGUAGUUAUUCUUUGGGUGCAUCAUUUACCACUCUGGCAUACGUUUGGUUUUUUGUUACGUAUUCUAUGCAGCUAUCGCAGUUAAAAGCCAUUUUUUCCGGCUCUCUUGUGAUGAUUUUCUUCCUUUGAUCCUUGAGAUGUUAUUGGUAAUCUAAAUUACCAUAUGAAUGUUUCUCGACUAUCAUUUCCUGUUGUGCGUGCUCUCAUUAGGAUUCUUGUUUUUUAUGUCAAGGGUGUCUGAGGCUUUGCCCUGGCUUUUCGUUUGGGCAAGUGUGGUCCCCUAUCCCAAACGCAUCAUGCAAUUACUAGGCCCCUCACCUUGUAGGUAGCCUGAAGGAAAUUAUAACUUCUGUUAGCUUGUUGGCUCCAUACAUAUUAUAGGGAGUUGCAUAUCAUGAUUCAUGAUAGUUGUGUUGUACUCAGGUUGUGACCUCAGCUUCAUUUUUGGUUUGUUUGUGAUCCUAACAUUAUCAUAACUUGUAUGUAUAUUGCAGAAUACCGUCCAAGUGAAAAAACAAAAACAUAUUUUCAAACGGGCUAAUUAUUAUUGAUUUGGAUAUUGAGAGUAGAGCACUAAAUCAACUGUAGCUCAUAGGUUUUAUUUACUUAUUCGAUAACAAUUAUCAGUUGCUAGAUGACAAAUUCUACGCAUCUAAAGCAUGAUUUCCUAAUCCCUGAACAUUAUCUUAGAUAAUCUAUGCCCUCUUAGGAAAGAAUAUUUUCACUGAACCAUUCUCUUCAGUGAUCCUAGCAUUUCCGUGGCCAGGGGAAAUUCCAAUAAAUUUGUUGUUAAUCAUACUUUUCAUGAUAGAAGUACCGUCUUUGUUCUCUUCCUUCUCUUGGCUAUUAUUGCCAAUGACUUGAAGAAUUCCAUUCUUAUUUUCGACCUGAAAAUCCUGUUUGCUGAAAUUGGGAUAGUUGAGUGUGAUUUCACAACCUUCAGGUGUAUGCUUGAUUUCGAAUGGUAGAGGCAUCGCCAUCCUGUCUUCAAUUCGUGAUAAGAGAGAGUCUUGUUGGGACCUUACCCUAGAAAGUAUUUCCUUUAUUCUGUUUGUUGACAUAUCCUCUAGGCUUUCUUGGGUUUCUUUUGGUAUGUUUGAGAUGUGGCAUGAAGAGCUUCUUGUGAUCUCCAUCAUGUCUUCAAUUCGUGAUAAGAGAGAGUCUUGUUGGGACCUUACCCUAGAAAGUAUUUCAUUUAUUCUGUCUGUUGACAUUUCCUCUCGGCUUUCUUGGGUUUCUUUUGGUAUGUUUGAGAUGUGGAAGGAAGAGCUUCUUGUGAUAUUUUGUUUUGUUUUGUUUUGAGUUCCGUUGAGUUUGGUACAUUUUUAUAGGAAAAUUUACAUUUGGUGCAAUUAGUACUUUUAUUUACUUUCAAAAAAAUGAUUUUUAACUAAUUUAUUGAUAUUGAAACUUUUAAAUUAUCCUUUCCUUCAUAAGGCAAUUAUAGCCUCAUCAUAAUGAUAUUAACUGCUUCACAUUCUGCAAUUCAUUGUACAUAUGUAUUGAAAUCUCAUUUGUUGAUGUAUUUAUCUUCAGCGUGCAUAAGCAACAGAGAUUCAUUUCUUGAACGAAUUAUGGGUAUUGAAACUUUAAAUUAUCCUUUCCUUUAUAGGGCAAUUAUGGCCUCUUCAUAAAUAUAUUAACUGCUUCACAUUCUGCAAUUCUUGUACGUAUGUAUUGAAAUCUCAUUUGUUGAUGUAUUUAUCAUCACGUGCAUUAAGCAACAGAGAUUGAUUCCUUGAACAUAUUAUCAUGCCUUGUUUAAUGUAAGAUCUUUGAAAUAUUAUGAAUUGAUUUUGGGCUGAUUGAUUUAGUUGUUCAUGAUCAGACUCAUUUAAUUUUGAGCAGAAGGAUUGUUGAUUUUAAUAGACAUCAUUUUUUUGGGGGGGAGGGGGGUGGAAUUUUAAUUUUUUAUCCUCUAGAAAAUUCAAAGGGUCCUUGAAGUUAACUAUGUUCAGUUUAAGAUUAGUACAUGAGUAACAAGAGUUACAUGACUGACAAAUGAUUAUAUUUUGAAUAUCUGGGCCAUCAUGUCUCCCAUAGAAAUUAUAUCUAUUGAGCCUUGGAUAUUCUUUUGGCUCAUUGUUCCAAAGAAGUCAGCCCCUACCAUUUACCAGACUCAUCAGCCAUUUAGGCAGUUUACCACGACAUGAUGUCUAGAACCAGAAGAGCAUAACCAUGGAGAGGUUUUCUCUGGUGUCCGUGCCUGAAGAGCCCUCUGAAAUCAAUUAUCCAGAUCCUUCUCCUUUUUUGGAGGUUACAUGCAAAAGUUCGGGCAAGAUCAGUCGCUUUGCGGUGGGAACAAAGGCAGGGUUUGCGGUAUCUUUGAUAAACAGGAGGUUGGAUAUUGGGAUGCCACUUGCAUUGCAUAUUGAAGCGGUCAGGAAUGGAGAAGAACCCAUAAGUUUUGGCCCUGAUGCAGUUCUUAUAAAUUUCGGAAAUGAGUGGAAGCUACAAACAGUAAUUGAUGCAGAUUAUGGAGGUGUUAGAAAGGCGGAAGGAGUUCAUUUAAUUCCAAAAUUCAUGUCGACUGUAGCGAGUUCUGGCGGCCCAGUUCAGAUGAAGGUGGUUGGAAGAAGCGGAGUCAGUUGUAUGUAUAUUGCUAAGAUUUUGUUAGCUUUCAUUUUGAUGUUUAUUGUUGGCGGAAUUUUCACGUUUGGCCUUGAGAAUCUUCCCAGACUGAUUUUGUUCAUCAAUUCAUUCUUGUAGAGAACAACUAGAGAUUGUAUAUGAACCCACACACGUACCUUCAUUUUAUAUGAACUCAUACAUGUACCUUCAUUGAAGAUUUUGAGUUCUGAGUAGGAAUGAAAUAAGGUCAAUUGAUGGUGA